AGACCGCUUUCUCUACCGUACCAUAUAAAACCUUCUCAAAUCAAACUCCAAAGAAACGACGAUGGGAGUGCUCUUUUGGGUGCUGGCAGUUUCGGGUCCGUUCUUCUGUGUAGCUAUGAACCAGUGGGUUUCUGUGCAGUUAAAUGCAUGCCAUCUUCCCAUUACAAGUUGUAUAGUAAAGACAUUGAAGAGAGAUUCAAAGAGAGGCUGGGAUAUUUUUAAAAGCCGAUCACCCAAAUAUUGUCCGGGUGUUCGGAAUCACAAGCUGGGUCGGAUCAUUCGGUAUCAUCAUGGAGUAUAUGGAGAGAGGGAACCUGUCGGUGCUCAUAGAAUCAGCGCGUACGCACAAAUAUCAAAUUCCAUUUAACCUGUUGGUGCGGAUCCUGCUUCAGGGUUGCAAACGGAGUGGCAUUCAUGCACAAAAUCGGAGAAGACCAGCAGAUCGUUCACGGGGAUCUGAAACCUUCUAACAUCGUGCUGAACGACGACUUCACAGCAAAAGUGGCCGACUUUGGAGGGGCAAGUCUGCGCACUUACACCGGUUCAGAUGAUACCCCGUCGCGGCCUGCUGACAACGUGGCCCACACACCAAUUUACACCGCUCCCGAGCGACUGGCAAACCUGUUCCGCCCAGCUUCUAAAGCAUCAGAUGUUUACAGCUAUGGAAUGAUCAUCUAUGAAUGUCUUAGCGAUCUCGCUCCUUUUGAGAAUCUCGCUUCAAAAGAAUUCGACCUACGAAAGAGAAUAAAAAAUAACGAGAUAAAGUUGGCAUGUGAGAGAAUCGAAAUAAAAAAGAAAAACUGCGUAGUAGAUCAACUCGACAGCCUAGUUUGCCUUGAAAAGUGGAUGAAAAGCUGCUGGCAGUUCAACAAGAAAGACCGACCAGCAAUGAAACAGGUUCGUGAUGAUCUACAGAAACAUUUUGAUAGAAUGGCAAAGGAUGUGUUGGUGAACAUCGCUGAAGUUUCAUCCACGAUCAAAUACACUGCACCAAAUCUUGCCCCUUCCAACGAAAGGUUUCCUAUCGAUCUUUUAUACCCCCCCGAGUUCCGUCCAUUCGACGUUCCUAAAGAACUCCUCUAUAAACAUUCACGACAAAAAGAAGAUCAGACCAGGGAAAAAUCACCAGAAGCUCAAACCAAUAUUGAUUCCGCAGGUGAACUGAAGAAAACUUCUUCCGAAAAAGGUGAAUUUGCUGCUGCGAGUCGUGAAGAUUCCAAAGAGGACCAAAAACUUGAUCAACCAUUUUGGAUAAAGAAUUCAGAAAUUACUCUUCAAAGAGACGCUCAAAGCGUUGCUCUCCUCGGCAGUGGUACCUUCGGCUCGGUUCUUUUGUGUCACUAUGAACGCGUGGGUCGUUGCGCUGUGAAGUGUAUGCCAUCUUCACGUAAUAAAGAGCUUGACAACACAGAGAAAUUCCAAGGAGAGGCUGCAUUAAUUCUAAAGGCCGAUCACCCAAAUAUUGUCCGGGUGUUCGGAAUCACGAGCUGGGACGGAUCAUUCGGUAUCAUCAUGGAGUAUAUGGAGAGAGGAAACCUAUCGCAACUCAUUCAAUCAGAGCACUUUAAAAAUUUUCAAAUUCCGUUCGACCUGUUGGUACGGAUCUUGCUUCAUGUUGCCAAAGGCGUGGCAUACAUGCACAAAAUCGGAGAAGACCAGCAGAUCGUUCAUGGAGAUCUAAAACCUUCUAACAUCGUGCUGAAGAACGAUUUUACUGCAAUGGUGACCGACUUUGGAGGGGCAACUCUACGUACUUGCAUCCAGAACAACUAUACGGAACAAAGAAUAGAAAAUCAAGAGCACACAGUAUUUUACACCGCUCCCGAACGGCUAAAGGAUCUAGAUUCGGUGGCAACCGCAGCUUCCGAUGUCUACAGUUAUGGAAUUAUCAUUUACAGUUGCCUUAGCUCAUUUAAGCACGGGGUUCGCAGUGCGGGUGACUUAAAGUGGGCAAUUGCAAAUUGUAACGCCGAGUUACCACGUGAGGCAAUUGAAGAGAAAAAACAAGUCUGCGUAGGAAAUCAACUUAACAGCCUUGUUUGCCUUGAAAAGUUGAUGGAAAUAUGCUGGCAGUUCGACGAGCAACAUCGACCAGCAAUGACACAUGUACGUGAUAAUCUACAGCAGCAUUUCGACAAAGUGGCAAGAAAACACGUAGACAAGAGCAUCGCUGAAGUUUCAUCUAAGCUUAAAUACGAUGCACCAACCCCCGCACCAUCAAGCCAAUCGAUCCCGAUCAACCUUUUGCUUCCCCCUUUCUUUCGACCCUCUGACGUUAAACCGGAGAGUUCAAAAGCGUUCUUAGAAGAAUCGUCGUUGAAAAUUUCCAAUUUUGAAGAUAACAUCAUGUCGCUCAUAAAUUUAGCCCGAAAGGCACUCGAGAGCGACACCACGAGAUGUGAAUCCUUAAUACACUCACUGAACGAGGAGCUAAACAAACUGAAAGUUAAGGAACUAUGCCCCGAUGACUGCUCCCGCUUUGUUUUUGAGAUAAACGCUCUAUGCGAAAAAAUCAACAACCCUGAAUCACCCGUCUUUCGUCAGCUAGCUAUACACGGCAGUAAAUUGUGCUUGGGUAUCAAGAAUAAAGCUGUCCAAACAGGCUUCCACGAAAGCUUCUCUGAGAAAUUAAAAUAAAUCACGUGACAGUUACUCUUCUAUAAUUACGUGAACUUGUGUGACGUUUGUAGCAGUGUGUUUUUGUCGAAUUGUAUUCUCUAUAAUGCAUAUAAUGUAAUUUGUGUGUAAUAUAUUCGUUAUAAACUGGGAGAAAAGUGUAUAUAAUGUGAAUAAUUGCUCCAGCCCAGUGGUCACUAAUGGGUUGUCCAAAUUAUCAGCCCCACAUAAAAAAAUCUGCAAAAAAUAAUCACCUAUAAAGUAACAUACUUGGUAACUCGUAAGCUGGCACGAGGUGUAUGAAACAAAACACCCGUUUUUAACGACUGUCGUUUUCCGGCCACGCGAGGAUAGAGUAGAAGUUUCAUUCAGUGUAAUUUGUGUGAUGAUGUAUUCGUUGUAAACUGGAAAAGAAAGUGUAUAUACGGUAAAUUCAAGUGAUAUAAAUAAACGAUUCUUAAAGGCA